AGUAGAGACAAGACUCUCUGUUUCUCUCUGAAAGAAAACUCAAACUGACUUCAUCAGGUCUUUCUCAACAACACAGCAGAGUCUCUGACAAACACUGAUAUGGCUGCAGAAAACUAUCUGCAAUCUGAAGAUCAGUUUCUGUGCUCCAUCUGUCUGGAUGUGUUCACUGAUCCUGUCACCAUUCCAUGUGGUCACAACUUCUGCAAGAACUGCAUCACUGACCUUUGGAAAACUAAUGACCAGCACCUGUGUCCAAUGUGUGAAGAGGCUUUUACCACAAGACCUGGUUUAAGAGUCAACACUUUCAUCUCUGAGAUGGUUGCUCAGUUCAGACAGUCAGCUCAACAGAAAGCCAGCAGCAGCAGCUCAGAGCAACAAGUGUCCAAACCAGGAGAAGUUCCCUGUGACGUCUGCACUGGAACCAAACUGAAGGCCCUGAAGUCCUGCCUGGUGUGUCUGGUCUCCUACUGUGAGACUCACCUGGAGCCUCAUCUGACCACGUCAGGCCUGAAAAGACAUCAGCUGAUCGACCCUGUGGAGAACCUGGAAGGCAGGAUAUGUACGAAGCACGAUAAACCUCUGGAGUUGUUCUGUAAGACCGACCAGACAUGUGUCUGCAUGCUCUGCACUGUUUUAGACCACAAGAUGCAUGAUGUUGUUCCUCUGAAAGAAGGAUAUGAAGGAAAGAAGGCAGAGCUGGGGAAGACAGAGGCUGAAAUUCAGCAGAUGAUCCAGAAGAGACGACUGAAGAUUCAGGAGAUCAAACACUCAGAGUCUGUUGAGAGAGGCCUGAAUGAGCUCAUCAACACCAUCAAAGAGAAGCAGAAAAGAAGAGAAAAACAGGCCGAAGCUUUCAUCAAAGAGCUGGAACAGGAAAUCUCUGAGCUGAUGAAGAGAAGCACUGAGGUGGAGCAGCUCUCACGCUCUGAAGACCACCUCCAUCUUCUCCAGAGUGUCCAGUCCCUAAACAUCCAACAACCUCCACCCACCAAGGACUGGACAGAGGUCAGCGUCCAUCAAUCAUAUGAGGGGACUGUGGUGAAAGCUGUGGUUCAGCUGGAGGAGACACUCAGUAAAGAGAUGAAGAAGCUGCUUGAAGCCGAGCUGAAGAGGGUCCAGCAGUAUGCAGUGGAUGUGACUCUUGAUCCUGAUACAGCACAUCCUGCUCUCAUCCUGUCUGAUGAUGGGAAACAAGUAUAUCCUGGUGGUGGAAAAAAGAAUCUUCAAGACAACCCAGAGAGAUUUUCUCUUAAUCGAUUUGUUUUAGGAAAACAGAGUUUCUCUUCAGGCAGAUUUUACUUUGAGGUUCAAGUUAAAGGAAAGACUAAAUGGGAUUUAGGAGUGGCCAGAGAGUCAAUCAAUAGGAAGGCAAGCAUACCACUGAACCCACAGUAUGGUAACUGGACUAUAUGGUUGAGAAAUGGAUGUGAGUACAAAGCUCUUGAUGUCCCUCCAGUCCGUCUCUCUCUGAAGUCUCCUCCUCAGAAGGUGGGGGUGUUUGUGGAUUAUGAGGAGGGUCUGGUCUCCUUUUAUGACGUAGAUGCUGCAGCUCUUAUCUACUCCUUUACUGGCUGCUUCUUCAAUGAGAAACUCUUCCCAUUUUUCAGUCCCUGUAAGAAUGAGGGUGGUGAAAACAGUGCACCUCUGAUCAUCUUGUAA